AUGUGCCAACUGAUCAUCUUCUGGCACACCUGCAGCCACCUCAUCCUCACGAGUCUAAAAUGCCCCUUCGACGGCUGCACCACGCACGAAGAAGAAACCACCACCACCGCGCUCGUCGACUACCCCUGCUACCUCUGCAAGCAAGGCCCCGACCACCCCCAAUGGGAGCGAGUCUCACGCGUCCGAUCCGCCAUCCUCACCGUCGAGCACAUGGAAUGUAUCCUGGACGUCUCCUGCUACGACAACGACUUCCUGGCUCGAGUCGCGGGGUUCUACGCGCGCGGGGACCAUAAGCGCUGGGGCCAACCGGGGGAAGAUAAAGCGAAGUAUACCCAGAAGGAUUACUGUAUUGAGAGCUUGGAGCUGGAGGUGGCGCUGGCGGCGCGCGAGGAGAUGUCGGUUCCGACGAGUCCCGGGUUGAUGUUUGAUUUGGAGUUUGCGUUGGCGAAGAGGUUUGAUUUGGAGAAUUUGAAGACGCUGUUUUGGCCGCUGAAGGGGUGGAGGGAGCCGGGGAGUGCGUUUUAUUCGGCGUCGACUAUGUUGGGGUUGAUGCCGGCGGUGGGGGAGCAGGGCGCCUUGAAGAUGACUGCGUGUGAUGGGGACGAGAUUUAUGGGUGUUCGACGAGUGCCACAUCGCUAUCUCUAUGCCAAACCAACAACACCUGGAACACCUCUUUCCCCGAGACUGCCUCCUCUCCGGCCACCGACUGGAUACAGUUGCAGGACAACAACCACAUGCCUGUAUCUGUGAGCGAAGCGCAAGGCCCUUUGAUAUCCGACAAACUCUUCGGUUUCGACGCAUACGGUUUGAACGGCGCCAUACUACCAGAUUUAUGUUCAGCUGUCCAGAUGAUUGAUAUGGGAACUCCCACGCCAGCAAGCACCGUGCUGCAGGACCCUGUCGAGUCUUACCAAAUGACAGAGGCAGCGACAGCGAUAGCUCACCCUCAUCUCACUUACCAUGUACCGGCUAAUGGGGCCAAUAUCUCGUACUCUGCAGGUGAUCCCUACCAAGUCUUUGACACCUCUUUACCUGCACCCCCCGGAUGCGAUAUACUCCCAUUCGGAUACGGAUACACCACCCCCGUCUUACAGUCGAGACCGAUGUCUAGCAAUGCGAGCACCAGCAUGAGUCCGAUGUCUCCUCAGCGUUGCCCGACGGAGCAGCAGCAGCAGCAGCAACAGGACCAGCCAAUAUCGACCCAGAACCCCUUCGGAUACGGAAGUUCUCACCAGUUCCUCUCGGCCUUGAUACCCAUGUAUCGAGCUCAAGCUCAAACCCAAGCCCAAGCACAGACACUCGCCUAUCAAGCACUCCCAGUCCCACUGUCACAGCAACUACAGUCCCAGCAACCACAAGCUCAGCCAAACCACCAAACCCAACCCAGAAUACCCACCCCCUCUCCCAAAAGAACCACCCGAAAACCGCGCCUCAGCGGCAGCAACCUCUUCCGCUCUCACGGGCCACCCAACGAACGUUAUCUAACACCUUUGCCUUACAAUCCAGCGACCCCCGUGAACCAGAUGUAUGAGACACCUGACGAAACGACAUUUUCUACCCCCGUGAUGAGUACUAAGGGUCUGAAUAUGAGUAACAGUUCAGAUGUGGAUAUGGAUAUGAAUACGGAUACAAAUAGCGAGAGUCCUUCGCCUUCUACGCGCAGAAGAAAACGGACAAUCACAGCUACAGUCACACCCACACCCACAGACAAAGACCAAAUGGAAGCAUCAACCCGGAAGACCGCGAUCCCGCAGCUCCAUGGCCCUUUCGAGUAUUGUGCGUUGGUACGCGGUGGUAACGAUAGCAGUGGACGAAGAGAAGCACGAGGAGACGGAACAGGGGGAGGCAUAGGGCUAGGAAUCGCGAACCUUCCCUCCCAAGAUCAUGGCGCUAUCUCAGCUCCAAGCAUUGGCAUUGGCAUUGGUUCUGUUUCUGCUGGCCCUGGGGCUGGUCCUGUUUGUGGUCUUGGCGUUGACCCUGUCCCUAUGAUGAUGAUGCCGAUGUCGAUACCGAUGUCAAUGCCGAGGACGCCCCAGCGUGUCCCGGUCCCCAUGGCUAGAACACCCGUCAUGACGCAGUCGACGUCGAUCAAGAAUGUGAAUGUGACACCGGGUUUGAGUGGAGGGAGGAAACGGAAACGGGACCACCCGGGGGGUUUUUCGGGCUAG